GAAAAAAGCUAGCUCAUUACAAACGCAAGUCCCUCUGCUCUCCUCGCCUCCUCUCCUAGUCCUCGCAUAAGAAGUAUCGACAACCUUCUCUGACGAUCUCCCCGAUGCUUCGCUUCUCCCUUAUUUUCGCUUAAAUAAUGUUUCUCCUUCUCCAUCGGUUUCUGCAAUCUCUUCGUUCCCCUUCCCUCUUUUAGAUCAUAAUCUAUUCUGUCCAAUUGCUGCUUCGUCCUCUGAGAUCCCAAUUUCACUGUCAGUUUCUGAUUCAAUUGCUCCUGCAGCUUUAUUUGGAAAUUUGAAAAUCCAAUUGGCAGAUUUUGUUGUUAAAUUUGGAGCUAGUAAUUGUCAGGUUAGGAGAAUGUCUUCUGUAUCUCAUUCUCCAGCUGCACUCACUGGAACUUCAGCUUCGGAUCUUCUUCGGAGCUCCAGUAAUGGAGUUAGUGGCAUCCCUUUGAGUACCCUGGGGAAAGCAAGAUUCAGCUCAAAAACGAGGGAUUUUUCAGUGAUUGCCAAGAUUAGGAAAGUGAAGAAGCAUGAAUAUCCUUGGCCUGACAAUCCAGAUCCAAAUGUGAAGGGCGGAGUCCUCACUCAUCUUUCACCUUUGAAGCCUUUAAAAGACAAGCCAAAACCUGUUACUUUGGAUUUUGAGAAACCACUUGUUGAUUUAGAGAAGAAGAUAAUUGAUGUCCAGAAGAUGGCAAAUGAAACUGGCUUAGACUUCACUGAUCAGAUUAAAUCACUAGAAAAUAAAUAUAAACAGGCCCUAAAGGAUUUGUAUAAACAUUUGACCCCUAUACAACGUGUGAAUAUAGCACGACACCCAAACAGGCCGACUUUCCUUGACCAUGUAUUCAGUAUUACUGACAAGUUUGUGGAGCUUCAUGGAGAUCGAGCAGGAUAUGAUGAUCCUGCUAUUGUUACUGGUAUUGGAACCAUAGAUGGUAGAAGAUACAUGUUCAUGGGACACCAGAAAGGUAGAAACACGAAAGAGAACAUUAUGCGAAAUUUUGGGAUGCCUACACCCCAUGGCUAUCGAAAGGCCCUACGGAUGAUGUAUUAUGCAGACCAUCAUGGGUUUCCUAUAAUUACUUUUAUUGAUACACCUGGGGCAUUUGCGGACCUUAAAUCUGAAGAAUUAGGCCAGGGUGAAGCUAUUGCCCAUAAUUUGAGAACAAUGUUUGGUCUAAAGGUACCAAUUGUUUCUAUAGUUAUUGGGGAAGGUGGCUCUGGCGGUGCUCUGGCUAUCGGCUGUGCUAAUAAAUUGUUGAUGCUUGAAAAUGCAGUUUUCUAUGUUGCCAGUCCUGAAGCAUGUGCUGCGAUUUUAUGGAAGACUGCUAAAGCUUCGCCUAAGGCUGCUGAAAAGUUGAAGAUUACUGCUACUGAGUUGUGCAAGUUGCAAAUUGCAGAUGGUGUCAUCCCUGAGCCACUUGGUGGUGCACAUGCAGAUCCAUCAUGGACAUCACAACAGAUAAAGAAUGCAAUUAAUGAAACUAUGGAUGAGCUCAGGAAGAUGGACACACAAGAGCUACUAAAACAUCGAAUGCUUAAGUUCCGAAAAAUAGGUGGGUUUCAAGAGGGAAUCCCAAUUGAUCCUAAAAGAAAGAUCAACAUGAAAAAGAAAGAAGGACCUGUUGCAGGAAAGACUCCAGUGCCAGGGUUGAAGGAUGAGGUUGAAAAGCUGAAACGGCAAAUUUCAAAAGCCAAGAAAUCAUCCAGAAAGUCUUCAGAGUUAGCUUUGAAUAAGAUGAUUGCAAAGCUGAAAAGGGAGGUUGAUUUUGAAUUUGCUGAAGCUGUUAAAGCCAUGGGGUAUAAGGAAAGGUUUGAGAUCUUGAGGGAAGAGUUUUUGAAAGAAAAAUCAGAGGACCAACUUGUGCACCCUGUCCUAAUGGACAAGAUUGAAAAACUUAAGAAUGAAUUUACUCAGAACCUGUCAGCAGCUCCUAAUUUUGCAAGUCUAAAGUAUAAACUUGAUAUGUUGGAGGAGCUUUCUAAAGCCAAGAACAUCUCAGAAAAGAACAUCAAAGGUGUGAAAUUGAAGCAGGAUAUUAAUAAGAAACUUAAAGAAGUUAUGGAUCGGCCUGAUAUGAAGGAGAAGAUAGAAGCAUUAGAGGCUGAAGUCCAAAAGGUAGGAGCUUCUAAUGAAGGCGAAUUAGAUGAAGAGACAAAGGAGAGAAUUGUCAAGAUGAGGAAAGAGAUAAAGAUGGAAGUGGCAAAUGUUCUCAAGUCCAUGGGUUUGGAUGUUGAGAUUGUGAGUUCAAAAGCAAAAGAACUUGGUGAGCAGACUCCAUUCCUAGACUUCAAGUCUAAGGUGGAAAGUUUGAAGGAACAAACUAACAAGAAAAUUGAAGAUCUAAUAAAUUCAUCAGAUCUUAAAAACAUGAUUGAGUUGCUGAAGCUUGAGAUAGCAAAGGCAGGAAAGAAACCUGAUGUGGCCACAAAAAAUAAAAUUGAGUCUUUAGAACAACAAAUAAAGCAAAGGCUCUCUGCAGCUAUUAACUCAUCGGAGUUGAAGGAGAAGCAUGAAGAACUGAAGGUAGAGAUAUCAGAAGCCGUAGAAUUUUUUGAAGGAUCAGAUGCAAGUCUGAAAAAUGAUGACUCAAAGGAGGGGAGUUCCAAACACCAUGGAUCAAGAGUAGAAAUUAAUAUGGGUGCAAACCAAAGCUUUGCUUAGAUUGUUUUGUAGGUACGCUGCCUGUGAGUGCCAGUGAAGGUGUCACAGAAAAUUCUGGUCUUUGAUUACAGAAGGUAGAACUGCAUCAAGUUCUUAUAGUCAGAUUAUGCGUCAGCAUUGUUCCUUCACAUUGUCACUGAGAAGCCACAAAUGUACUGUCGUUGCCUCGAACUAGGUUUUGUUUAUAUAGGAACAUAAAAAUCACACAGAAUUACAUCUUUUUAAGUGAGCUGAAAUAUUUCCAGUUUGAAUUAAGCUUUAUUAAUUUAUCAGUUUCCACAUAACUUUUUAAUUUACAAUGUUUAGGUUUUGUGGUAAAAUGUGUUUCUGUUUUCAUUUAUGGAUGACAAUUCUGUAAAUUGUGUGAUGUCAUUGGAAACUAAUGGACAUACUUUCAAACACAA